AUGAAGGACGUCGCAGAAACUUCGUCUGCAACGGCAGAGCCUCAGCCCUCUCCGAAUUUCCUCUCCAUUCCCGGUCCUUCCACUGUCACCCUCUCCAAGUCCCGAUCUGGCUGGUUCUGCGUCGACGACAACCGCUUACGAAACAACAUCUUCGCUGCCGUGGGUUUCCUAGAGCUCGCAAACGCGGGUGAUUUUGCCGCCAACGUGUGGAACGAGACACCCGUACCUAUCUACGCCAUCGUCUUUAUGGUAAUUGGCGGCUGUUCUGCAUUAACCAUAGCGAUAUGUGCUUUCUUCGACUCGAGGAAGGCUUGGAGGAACGUCAAGUUUUUGAAACGCCAGAAACAACAUUUAAAAGCCCAAGAAGCGUCAUUGAGUCGCGAUGUUUUCGUUGAGAUCACCACGCGCGAAUUGAGAAUCGAAGUCAUCAACCGUUGGCUCAUGGAUCUUCUCAUGGGCGGAGGUGCCAUAAUGAUCAGUACUGGCACAUUCAUGGCAAUUGGGGGCGCCGAUCCACAUGUCUUCCUAGCCAGUAACAUCCUCUCCGGUUAUCUUGGAAAUGCUCCCAUCGCUCUCUUCGGUUUGUUGAGCGCCAUCUGGGCCACCAUGGUGGUAGUCAAGAUGAACUCCCAUCGCUCCGCCGCACGCAAGGAACUCCAAGGCUCGCCAAUGCUGCCCGCUCUCAGGAACAGAUGUUUCAACGUUCAGCUGUUCUUCAUACUUAAUGGAGUCUCUAAUAUUCUUGGUGGCGUUGCCUCUAUGUUGACAGCUGAGAGAUGGUGGGGAUACGUUAUUCUCAUUCCUGUUAUUGUAUCCUCCAUCUUCUGCAAUAUCUGGUGGCGACACCGCGUUGGUUACGAUCGUACCUACAUCUCGACACUUCCUUCUAUCAAUCUUGAAAUAAUUACUGAGACUAUCGAGGCGACGUCACAACUCCGGCAAGGUAUCCAGGAUGACGCAGGCGUCAGCUUGGAGCACAUUUUCGGGGACUCGGUCAGUCUUCAGGAAGUUUUGAAAAUUUUCGUUAAGAAUGAUUUAUUCGAACAAUUCUCUCUUCGUCUGGUUACGAACAAACAGGUCAGACACCUCUUUGUCAACACUGAAGACACAAGCGUAGAAGUCAGUGUUGAGGGUAUCCUAGCUGUAGCAGAGGAACAUUACCCUGCCAUUCUGGGUGUCGCUUUGACCUUCUUGAAGAAGCAUGGUCCCAGGCAACUGUUAGACCGAGAACGAUUUCUGUUAGAAGUCCUGGGGACUUAUUUGGCAGAACAAAAGAAGAAGGAGGAGGUUGCAACGGAGAAAUAA